AUGGCCCCCAUUAUUUUGAAAGGGGAAAUAGAGAACUUGAAUAGAAUUCCUUCAUUAUUGAAGCGUGACAAGAUUGUGAAACGGAAUGUUGCUGUUGUCACCGUGGUUGUUAUUGCUUCUUUUGUUGGGGCAAUGUUCAUUCUGGCAGUUUGCUCUAGUUGUUGUAAUUCCGAUGAUGAUAACAAAAUAAGGGAUUCUAACAAUACCAGUGACAAUACUGUAGAGCAACAUCAACUUCAAGAGCAAAUCCAUAACAAUCCUGAAGACUAUCAACUAAAAAAUGACCCACCAAGUUACAAUGAAAUUUCUUCACCACAGGAAACAACUUCAAGACAAAUGCCGGCCACAGUUCAACGACCACCACCAUCAUACCAACCUGCUCAUAGAGGAACAGCACGAUCUAAUCCGCAUUGCCACGAUCAUGUUAACCAUUGUCGGCAACAUGAAACUCAACCCCAUAACAAUGAUACUACCCUUAAGGUUAUUGCAGGUAUCGGUAUUGGGGCAUUGAUAUUCUUAUGA